AUGAGCACCCGCGACUGCAGCCAAAACGUACUAGGAGAGUACAAUCUCCCCCUCCACAUAGCUGCGGUCUUUAUCGUCCUCAUCACGUCCGGCCUGGGCGUGGGGGUACCGCUCAUCACGGGUCGCGCGAAGGGGCGGGAUGGUCGACCGGCGGGCAUGAGUGAUGCGGCAGCGGUAGGGCGGGGUGAAGGGGUGGUUAGGAGUUGUUUCUUCCUCGCUAGGCAUUUUGGGACUGGAAUCAUCCUCUCCACAUCCUUCAUCCACCUCCUCUAUGAAGGCCUCAUCACUUUCGCCAACCCCUGCGUCGGGAAUGUCACAUACGAUCCCACAGCCCCCGCUAUUGCACUAGCAGGCGCAUUCGUCACCUUCGUCCUUGACUUUGUCGGGAUUCGGCAGCGGAUGGCCAGUCUCAAACGGCAGACACUGAAGUCGAAUGCGUCACUCGAGCUCUCUACUCGGCCUGAGCGGGCCACGGGAGCGUCGAUAUCGGGGGACGACAAAAAUCUCGAUGGGACAACCGGUAGCAGUGGGCAAGUACAACAAGCGCCCGCCCCGGGUCUGCCUGUCCCGGCGAUGAUGAGCAAUGGGGAUUGUUGUCAUGCCGACCUGAUCUUCCAGGCGGAGCAGGGAUGGCAGGUCAUGCUACUCGAAGCUGGGAUCAUCUUCCACUCAGUCAUGAUUGGCGUAACAUUAGGCGCAGAUUCAGGCGAUAGCUGGACAACCCUUUUGAUCGUUAUCGUAUUCCACCAGUUCUUCGAGGGGGCUGCGCUCGGCGCACGUAUAGCUGUCCUCACAUGGAUAUCCAAGACCCGCGCUACCCUCAUGGGAUUGGCAUUUACCCUUAUCACUCCUAUCGGUAUCGGAAUCGGAAUCGGUGUCCGCUCAUUCUUCUCCGAAAAUGGAAUCGCCGAGCUCAUCUCCGUGGGCGUCCUGAACUCCUUCUCAGCCGGUAUCCUCCUAUACACCGCGUUCAAGCUGCUCUCUGCAGACUUCACCGAGGGCCCCCUCCGAGACGCGCCAGUAUGGAAGCCUACACUCGCGAUGGGCUUGAUGAUUAUGGGUAUGAUCGCUAUGGCUGUUAUCGGCAAGUGGGCAUGA